AUGUCCCUUCGUCAAAGGCUCGCUGUCUCUUUCGUCUUCAUGGUAGCCACUUUCGCUUGUGUCUCAUCGGUCGUUCGUUUGUUUUAUGCUGCGAGAUUUGCAGACCAAGACGACAGAAGCUAUUACGCAUGGCUUGUUGGUGUCUGGACGAUUCCCGAGGCGGGCACUGGCAUUCUCGUCGCAUCUCUGCCCACUACACGGGUUUUCGUUCAACACGUUACGCAGAGCAAAUUGGUGUCGAACAUUAUGGCGUCUUUUGGAGUAGUCACGUCUAAAGGAGCUAGGUCUGAUGAGCGGUCCAGCUUGGCGGAUACAUAUCAAAAAGUUCACGAAAGUCCUUCGCAUCUCACCGACCGAUCUGCGCCAAAAAUCAGAGUCGAAAGAAGUUGGCGCACCAAUUUCAAUUCGGGCUCAGAGACGGUCAACGACACUCUGGGUAACUUGUCCGAGGAUGACAUGAUACGUCCAAUUAGUGAUAACUCAGCAUAUAACCAUGAGCUUUCCACACUUCCUCAUAAAUGGACGCCCGUGGGCCAUAGCAGGGAUACUGCUGCCUGA